AUGACUUCAGCUGUUUCGGAGUCAUGGGGCGAGCACCUCUACCAAGGCUACGGUCCAGCCGAGACAACGAAUAUUUGCACAGUCAAGAAAAUGACAAAAGGCGACUACAUUAACCACCUCGGGUUUGCGUUUGAAAACGUCUCUGCUUUUGUCUUAUCAACAGAUUCGAUGUCAAGCGUUCCCCGUGGGUGCUUCGGCGAGUUCUGUUUUGGCGGCGAUCAAGUUGCACAGGGUUACAUUGAUCUCCCUGAGGUCACAAGUUCGAAGUUCGUCAACCACCCCGAGUUCGGCCGCAUCUAUCGCUCUGGAGACAUGGGUCGGAUGCUACCUGACGGGUCCUUGCUCGUGACGGGGCGUCUGGACGGCCAGGUGAAAUUAAGGGGCCAACGCAUCGAGACCGGAGAAAUCGACAGUAUUGUGACAGCAGCCAAAGAAGUUCUCUCGUGUACGUCACUGAUCCUACAGCCUACUGGAUCGAGCAGCGAACAGCUCGUUUCUUUCUACACGCCAGCAGCCCACACGCAUAUAGGGAACGUGUUACUUGAUUUCCGAGGUGAGCUCGCAGCCCUUAACCAGCAGCUCUUCAUGCAACUAUCGUCGCGACUCUCACGAUACAUGGUGCCGUCGUACCUGAUCCCUCUGGGCACCAUACCUCAGACUCCCAGCGGCAAGGUUGACAGGGUGGUGUUGCGCAGCCUCUUCAACGGACUCACCCGAAAUCAACUCAGUCUCGUCUCCAGCAACCAAGGGCCUGAGACCGAUGAAGAUGAGUGGUCUGACAGCGAAAGACUAGUAGCUGAGUUCACCUCUUUACGGUCUAUUCAAAAACUUGUGUCUCGGCCUGGUCGGAGCCUCUUCGACACUAUUCUUCUGUUGCAACCCCCCAAGAAAGAGCUCGACAGCGCGAUCUGGGAGGUUGCUGAGGAUACCGGAGGCAUGGAUGUUCCGCUGCUUUACGACCUGCCAGAAGAUAUUCGCAGCAGCAUAGCAGACGCGUCCCACGAGUCGCCCCAGAACAACCUCGACCAACAAGAAGGUAGCGUCUCUGGUACAAGCCACUCGGCAACUGUGCAUGAAGAGCCUUGGAGCGAGCUGGAGAAAACCGUCCGCGACAUCCUUUCGAAACUCUCAGGCGUGGCAGUGAGCCAAAUCGGCCUCCAGACAACCAUAUUCCAGCUUGGUCUGGACAGUAUCAACGCUGUUCAGAUCGCCGCCCUCCUGAGAAAUCAGAAUCACAAUGUCUCGACUUUUGACGUUGUCGACUGUCCUUCUUGCGCAAGCCUUGCUCAGCGAAUCGCUCGUCGAGUCGGGGAUCAAAGCCAAAAGACUACGAACGGCCCGUCACCGGCCCAGAAGCUGCCGUGGCGUCAGCUCAGUGACGAGGGCCAAGAAGCUCAAAUAUGGCAUGAUGAUGCUGAAUUGACAUCUAUUCUGCCGCCGCGCGACAUUGAGAUAUACUCUGAGGUCGCAUUUCUUCACCAUUUUGUCGAAGAGACGGCGAAAACAUACCCUGACAGGACUGCUCUCGAAUUCGUUACUGCCUUUACUGGGGAAAGCCCGGAGAGUCACAGCGUCACCUUUAAAGAGCUGGAUGAGAUGGGCAAUCGCGUCGCCAACACAUUGGCUCAACAUGUUGCCAGGCGCGGUAUCGUUGCGGUGCACUUCGACAAGUGCCCAGAAGCCUUUUUCGCCAUCUUGGGCAUCUUGAAAGCAGGCUGUUCAUUCCUAGCUCUUGACCCCUCGGCUCCGAAGGCGAGGAAGGAAUUCAUCCUCAGAGACUCAGGAGCCGUAGCACUCUUGGCCCGCGAUGCUCUGGACUUUCAGCCGGCGCAAAUUGUCGUCGAGAUCAAAGAGAGCAAGCUCUACGCUGCCAGCGCUGAACCCUGUCAAUUGGGCCACGAUUUGUCAAAGGAUGACACUUGCUACUGCCUCUACACUUCAGGAACAACGGGUACACCGAAAGGUUGUGAGAUAACGCAUGAGAAUGCAGUCCAAGCAAUGAAGGCGUUCCAGCGUCUAUUUUCUGGUCAUUGGGACGAAGAAUCGAGGUGGCUGCAGUUCGCUUCGUUCCAUUUCGAUGUGUCUGUUCUGGAGCAAUAUUGGAGUUGGUCAGUCGCAAUGCCCUUGGUCGUUGUUCCUCGAGAUAUCAUUCUCGACGACAUUGCGGCGACGAUACGACGCCUUCGCAUCACACAUCUGGAUCUCACGCCUAGCCUUGCUCGGCUUCUCGACCCGAAGGAUGUCCCGACACUCUGCAGGGGCGUCUUCAUCACGGGCGGCGAGGCCCUGAAACAGGAGAUUCUCGACACCUGGGGUCCUCGGGGAGUCAUCUACAACGCGUAUGGCCCCACAGAGGCCACGAUUGGCGUAACCAUGUAUCAGCGCGUGCCACAGAAUGGUCGCGCAUCCAACAUUGGGCGCCAGUUCGACAAUGUUGGCACCUACGUCUUUGAGCCUGGAACUGAAAAGCCGGUCUUGAGAGGUGCCGUUGGUGAACUUUGCAUUUCCGGGAAGUUGGUCGGCAAGGGCUACCUUAACCGCCCCGAGCUCACUGCCGAACGCUUCCCAGUCCUUGAGCAUUUCAAGGAGAAGAUCUACCGCACAGGAGAUCUAGUUCGGGUCAUGUAUGACGGGUGCUUCGAGUUCCUUGGUCGUGCUGAUGACCAGGUCAAGCUACGCGGACAGCGUCUGGAGAUUGGAGAGAUCAACCACGCUAUCCGCACAGGUGUUGCCGCCGUCAAGGACGUCGUCACUCUUGUAGCCAAGCAUCCAAAAGUGGACAAAGAUCUUCUGGUGACCUUCGUCACGUCAAGCGAAGCAGCAACAUCAAACGGUGAACUUCAUGUGCUUGGCGGAGCGGAAACCUUCAAGCUCAGACAGACAGUUCUGAAGGCAUGCCGUCACAGACUCCCUGGCUACAUGGUGCCGUCCUACGUCCUCGAGGUUCCUUUCAUUCCUCUUUCCAUCAAUAACAAGGCGGAAAUGAAGAUCCUGCGUCACCUAUUCUCUUCGUUGACACCGGAACUACUGCUGCACGUCUCUGCCCCUGCUCCCUCACAGGAAGCCCUAGCUACUACAAAGACUCAAAAGACGGUGCUGAGAGCUGUGUCAAAGUUCUCUGGCGUUUCUGCUAGCGAGCUUUCUUUGAACAGUAACCUGUUUGACCUCGGUAUCGAUUCGAUCUCGUGCCUUCGACUCUCACGACUUUUGAAACACGACGGUCUGCGCACUGCAGACCCGGCGUUAAUACUCAAGAACCCCUUCCUCGGCGACCUCGCCGAAGCCCUCAAUAAGCCUUAUGACCGCGAGUUUCUGAGCGCCGUUAGGGAAGCUCGACAGCAAAUUCAUGCGUUUAGCCACCGCUUCAGACACGAAGUUCGGCAGAAACUGUCACUUUCAGCAGGGGUUUCUGUUGACUACAUUGCCCCGUGCACUCCUCUGCAGGAAGGCAUGCUGUCUCGGACAUUUACACAGGGAGAAGAGUCCUACUUUGUUUCAUUCCAACUCAAACUGAGUGACAACCUCAUGACAAGCAGGUUGCAAGAGUCAUGGGAUAAGCUCGUUGCCCUACAUCCGAUUCUGCGGACCCGAUUUGUGCCAACCUCAGGAGGGUUCGCUCAGGUGGCUCUUUCUCCCACGCAGAUUCCGUGGAAAAGUCACUCAGUCGACCAAAAUGGAGUUAAGCUGCUCCUCCAGGAGGCGCGCUCGUCCUGGAUCAAGAAUAACCAAGACAGCAUCUUGGAGCCGAUGGAAUGCCUCCUAGUCAAUUCCGAAGGAGAUAGACUGCUGGUAGUGCAUAUUUUCCAUGCUCUUUACGACGGAAUCAGUUUCGAGUCCAUGUUGCGAUGGCUAGCUGCUGAUAUAUCGCUGAAGUCUCAUGCUCAGCGACCGGCUUUCUUGGAUACCCUGUCAUAUGGGCCUCUGCAGAACUUCGACCACAGCCGGUCCUUCUGGUUAGAGCAUCUCAGCUCAUGCACUUUUGAACCUCUGCCACGGAUAAUUACCGAUGAAGCACCAGGUCUUCGCUCCGCCCGUCGGCUUUACAACGUUGAGAGACUCAGGGAGACAAGCCAAGCACUGAACAUCACCCUACAGUCCGCGGUCUUGUCCUUAUGGUCUGGCACCUUUGGCAAAUACUUCUCCUCAAAAGCUGCAAUGGGAGUCAUCGUUUCAGGGCGCGCUCUUGACACAGAAGACGUUGAGGAUGUGAUGGGGCCCCUUUUCAAUACCUUGCCUUUCUACCCAGACGUCGCCACGAACAAUACGCUACAGAAGCUGGCGCAGAGGUGCCAUGACUUCAACGUUUCAACCUUGCCCUUUCAGCACACGGCGUUGCGAAACAUCCAGAAAUGGUGCAGCGGAGGUCAUCCUAUUUUCGACAAUCUUUUCGUCUACCAGAACGACGUGCCUUUGGCCAACAACGCGGAGACAUUCUGGACGGUAGAAGACAGCUUCGUGGCCAACGACUACCCGCUCGCCUUUGAGGCGACUGCCAUGGGAGAUGCUGACCUUCAGGUCCAAAUUGUUGUCCGCCAAGAUGUGGCAACUGAGGCUGACAUCCAACGAAUCUUGGAAGACUUUGAAGAGGCGAUGUUUGCUUUGUCUACCGGAAGAGCGGGCACGUUGCGCAACCAAGCAUUUGCACUGACCUCUCAAGAAAGCUCAGCGGGCGCUUCACCAUUGACUACUCGAAGCGCUAGCACCGAUUCCGCAGGACAUUCAACAGAUGUCAGCGCUCCAGAGUUCACCGUAUCAAACUUUGGGUGGACAGAGGCAACACUCGCGAUUAGGUUCGAGAUAUCGAAAUUGGCCCAAAUCCCGGUCGAAAGCGUCUCCGAGUGCAACUCAUUGCUUGAAUUGGGCUUGGACAGCAUUGAUAUAGUCAGCCUGUCAACCAGGCUCAAGCAAAAAGGCAUCGACAUCUCCAUGUCUCAACUGUUACGAGCCCAAAACAUCGAGAACAUGGAGAAAGUCAUAGGACGUGAGGUGCUGAGCGACAGAGGAGAAAAGUCAGACUCAACAUUCAAUGCCCUCUUGCUGCAGCUUCGCGAAGCAGUCGUAGCAACUGGGUACGACAUGGGAACGGUCGAAAACGUUCUGCCGCCAACGCCCCUUCAAGAAUCCAUGGUAGCCGACAUGAUAGACUCAAACUUUGAGCGAUACUUCAACCACGACGUGAUGGAGAUUUCCAAGGAUACUAUCCGGCACCCAGACCUUGCCGAAUACCGCACGAAAAAGGACGGGCUUACCAAGUCGGUCCAAACGUUAGCCACGACUGACUUUGCGGUAUGUGUAGAGUUGGAAGCAACAGAGGACCAUCUCAUUUGGCGCGUUGCUGGCAAAGAAGCGUCCACGUCCGAGCACGACGUCAAGGAACUUCUGGAGCAUCUCGACAAGGCAAUGAAUCACUUUGUGCAGAGACCAGAGAGCAGCCUCCUACAGUUCGAAGGUGACCGCACUUCAAUUUGCCACCUUCCAGCUUUCGUAUCCAAUUCGCAUACCACAAUGCCAGACAGCGGCAAGGGCAACGGAAACGCGAUGAACCCCGAGGACCCCGAAUCUCAAGUCGAGUCGACCAUUCGUCAGAUUCUAUCAGAGGUUUCCGGAAUACCAUACGAGUCUAUAUCGAGGGACAGCACCGCUUACCACCUUGGCCUCGACUCUAUCAGUCUUAUCAAGGUAUCCUCAAUAUUAAAGAAGAAGGAUAUCAUGCUCGGCGUGCAUGCCCUCCUGACGGCGUCGUCUCUCAGUCACAUGGCAAAGGUGGCAGGAAAUGCCCCAAAGGCACUUUCCGCAGAGGUGCAAGAGGCCUGUUUGAUUCCCGACAAGAUUCAACUCGAGCAAGUACAGAGCCUGGCAGGUUUUGCAGAAUCCCAGGUCGAAGACAUUCUGCCGGCGGUGCCAAUGCAAGUUUACAUGAUGACUGCAUGGCAAAACUCCCAAGGCCGUGUUUUUUAUCCGGCGUUCCGCUAUCGAUUGGACGAGUCGGUGUCCUUGAAUGCUGUACAAAAAGCGUGGGCAGACCUCACAGCGACGGAGACGCUUCUCCGUACUUGUCUCGUUGCAACAGGCGAUUGGGACAUGCCGUUCCUGCAAAUCGUGCUAGCUCCAAACGUCACAGGACCUCAUUCGCAGAUCUCGCUUCUCGGCAGUGGCUCGGAAAGAGAAGUGACGGGCGAGUGCUGGCCAAAAGUCAGAAUGACCGCGGAACAGCGUACGGACGGCGCGUGGGAGCUGACUCUCAAUAUACACCAUGCGCUCUACGAUGGCAUCACCCUCCCCGGUAUCCUGAACAAACUGAGACAAAAUGUCGUCAAUAACAGCAAGAAAGAUGAACAUGAGAACUCUUCGUGUCGGUCAUGGAGGUCAUUCAUUGCCCACCACCUGACUCCUGGCAUCAUCGAUGAACGCAAGGCUUUUUGGACGAAAUACCUAGCAGAUGACAACAAUCCUGCACCUCUACCUCCGCAGACGCAUGAUUCCGUCGGAGACAGAACUGCCUACCUCCGGCGAUCUGCCGUCUCGGGCAUGGGCACAAAGAGCACUGCAUGCGCCAGCAAUGGAGUUGGUCUACCAGCACUCAUGUUCGCUGCAAUAGCACAGAGCCUGCACGCAAGAAGAGUUCCAAGUAGCGCGCCUGUCAUAUUUGGCAUCUACUACAGCAACCGGGCAGAAGAGGACAAUCCGUCAACGGAGCUUUACCCAACGCUGAAUCUGCUGCCGUUAAAGGUCAUGGUCCAAGAGGAGACGGGGCUCAUGGAGUUGGCGCAGAACGUUCAACAAGACCUACACCGUAUCACAUGCUUGACUAACUCGACCGUGGGGCUGUGGGAGAUCAAGGAAUGGACAGGCGUUGCAGUCGACGUUUUCGUGAAUUUUCUCAACCUGCCCAAAGGGGAAGAAACUGCCAACGUUUUUCAUGAGGUCGUGGAUGAUCGUCUCCUCAAUGGAGCCGACAGGCCUACCUCACGGGCCAGUCCGGACCCUCCAAACUUUGACGCCCCUUGGUUGAGCAAAAACCCGGUUCGGGGUGCUUUCCCGGCUGCGAUGGAUAUCGAGGCUGCUGUGAACGGGGACGUAUUGGACCUAGGCAUCUUCGGCUCUGCCGCAAGAACGACGAUAGAAGAGGCCCAGGCCUUGGUUGAUGGCAUCGCGGAAUGUUUGAGCAUGUUCAAAGUGUAG